AAGGAGGAGUGAGACACAGCCGUCGCCUCAUGGAGUAGAGAAUUUUUCACCUGCGGUUCGGGACUUGAGAUGACCCGGAUUUCACGGUUUAACGGGAAUGCGAGAUUCAUUAACUCGGAGUGAAAUGGUUUCACCAGAAUGACUGCGCGGAGGGGGCAUUUACGAAGGGGAAACGCGCUGUGUCCUGCCGACAGGUAACCUGCGUCCCCUCCGCCCGAUGUUUAAGGACGGGCUUUACCGCUGAUGCGAGCGUAACAGGUUAAGUUAAAGUAUCUCUCCCGGGAAACUUCCUGCCAUGGCAAGUAGGAGUUUUGAAUCAACCACCUAGCCUACUUUUUACGAUGUAUUAACAAAAUCGAGUGUUUGCUCGCAAUAAGAACAAACAUGUCAUUUACGGACGCAAACGUACCGAAGCAGGGCGAGGGUAAAUCGCCACAGGCCGGGAGUUUUGGUGGUUCUGUGCGAACGGGAACGUUCCCUGACGCCGAAAUUGUUCCGGAGACCCGGUGCGUAGGCCCGCCCGGGUCCGCCGGCGCGUCCCCUGACCUCGCCUGGACAGUCGACAGACUGCGGGCCGUAGCGGGAGCCAUCAAACAGCUCAGACAACUGUUCGAGCAUUGCCAUGAUCCGUGUGGCCCCUCCCAGCUGCAGGUGGACGCAGGACUCCAGGGUCUGUGUUCCUCCCUCCAGCCCCUGAUGGACCGCUACCCCUCCCUGAGACAGCCCCCUGUGUGCCACGCCCUGGCUGCUCUCCGCCUCUCCCUGCAAGAUGUGAAGAGCCAAUCACGGUCCUCCGAUGUCAAGCGCUACAGCGAGAUCUUCCGCGAUUUCGACAACUUCGAGCUGUCCCUGGUCCAAGGGACUGUGGACGAACUGCUGCCAGAUCCCGAUACCCAGUCCAUCACGGAGACGGUCUCCACGGAAACCACCGAAAACACAGAGCUGGAUGAGAUAACGUCUGAAGAUGGCUACUGUGCCGAGCUUCACCCAGACGCGGAGGAAAAGGAACUGGUACUUUCAGUCCAGGAUGCAGACCUGGCCCUGUGUCGCUGUGAGGGGGGUGUGGAGCUCGCCCUCCAGUACGCAAAGAUGUGGUGCAAAUACGCGAAGGACCUGCUCACCUGGAUGGACAAGAGACUCAGCCUGGAACAAGAGUUUGCCAAGAACAUCAUGAAAGCUGCAGAGACAGCCAAGUCCUGUGUCGCCCAACAGGAUAUGAUGCCUCUGCAGUACAUAUACACCAUGGCUCUGGAGCAUGACGUGAAGAACAGCGCCGCUGCCAAGCAGACCGGGGAAAUGCUACAGCAGCGCUGCUACCAGGCUCUGGCCGCCAAGAGGAAUGAGAUCGACAAGUGGAGGCGCGAGUUCAAGGAGCAGUGGGUCAAAGAGCAAAAGAAGAUGAGUGACGCAGUGGCAGCUCUGAAGAAGGCUCGGCAGCAGUAUGUGCAGAGGUGUGAGGAGCUGGAGAAGGCCAAGGCUGGGGAGGAGUCUGGUGGCUACAAAACUCUGGACAAGAGGAGGAAGACCAAGGACGAGGCGCAGUCCAAGGUGAAGGAGGCAGAGACAUUAUAUAAACAGUGUGUGACCGAAGCUAGAAUACACCAGGAGGAGCUGGAGAAAGUAAAGGAGAGAAUCAUCAUCCACAUCCGCAAAAUCAUCUGUCAGGGAGACACAGUGCUUAAGGAGGCCACAGUGAACAUGUUCUACUACCAGCGGGCGCAGACAGAGGCAGUCCCGCUGGGCUACCACAACCUGGAGCUGACGUGCCGGCCUUGCGAGCCGGGAGAGCCCUACCUGCAGUACAUCCUACGGAGGCAGCGGCGUGAACCGCCCCCCCAGAGCUUCACCUUCCAGGAGUUUACCCCGCAGGGCAAGAGAUCACCCCCUAGUGGCCGCCGCAAGACGAGCAACCCCUUGAGCCCUUCACAGGACUCGUAUCUGUUGGAGGAAGCACAGACCAAACGUACCAGCAUCCCUAGCGAGAGCCGAAAAACGGGCUACAGUGACAGUGAGAGCAUCGGAGGAAGUCUGGAGUCUCUGUCCAGCCCAGCCCACCCCAAUCGCAGGCUCCCGAAAGCGCCGUCCACAGGGACCAUGUCAUCCGAUGAUCUGGAUGAGAAGGAGGCAGCGGCUCUGUACGAGGCGGAUUCCGCCGACCCCGGCGCUGAGGGCAACGGGAACGUGUGCAAAAUGCGCACCCCAUCGAAAGCCGCGCAGACCCACAGACUGAGGAAGAUGAAGAGUAAGAUGAGCAAGUGCAGACAGUGCGACAAUUUCAUCCUGGUCAACGGCAUCGAGUGUGAGGAGUGCGGCCUGGCGCUACACAGGAAGUGUCUGGAGUCGUGUCAGCAGGAGUGUGAGAACAGGAAGGGGGCGCUGUUUAGGGUGGGCUUCCCCUUACUCUCCCGGGACCAGCCAGAGGACGUGCCCUUCCUGGUGCAGCACUGCACGGCUGAGAUCGAGGGCAGGGCUCUGACUGUGCAGGGGGUGUACCGAGUCAGUGGAUCUAAGCCGCGCAUCCAUAAGCUGUGUCAGGCCUUCGAGACGCAGGGGAACCAGGUUGACCUCUCUGACGUUUCACCCCAUGACAUCACCUCUGUUCUCAAGCACUUCUUCAAGGAGCUUCCAGAGCCACUGUUGACCUUUGACCUGUACCAUGACUUCACUGCGCUUGGCAAGGCUAUCCAGCGCCUGAGUGAGAGGGAGCACAGCGCAGAGACUGCUGGGAUGGCGGAGGGCAUUGUGAUCAGUCUGCGAGAGCUUCUCGGAAGACUGCCCCCACAGAACUACAGCACGCUGCAUCACAUUAUGGCACACCUGUACAGGGUGUCAGAGCACUAUGAGGAAAAUAAGAUGUCUGUGGGGAACUUGGGCAUUGUGUUUGGUCCCACUCUUUUGCGCCCCCUGGUGUCAGGGGAUAUGUCCAUGAUCACACUGCUGGAGACCAGCUACCAGGCCCUGCUGGUGGAGUUCCUCAUCUCUCACCAAGCCCAAGUGUUUGGGCCCCUGCAGAGAUCCAGCACCCCACCCCCUCCUGUUCCCACUGCCCCACUGCCUGACACCCCCCCAAGGACAGUCUGCCCCCCCAGCACAGAGAACGCCACCCCCGAACACCCUGAAGCCCCAUCCCGUGAUCGGCCACGCUCCCUGGAGAAUCGCACAAUCAAGAGAGACUCGAGUGAGGGCUAUAUAUCGGACAAGUCUUCGUCCAAUGAGGCAGUGGACCAGCUCAGUCCUGAAGCCAAUGAGAGAGCAGUCCUGGCUGUGAGGGGUGUCGUGGCCCCUCCCCCAGGUGACCCAGAUGGUGACCCGGAUGGUGACCCAGAUGGUGACCCGCAGACGCCCCUGGGGACCCAGCCGAGAGGUCACUUCAGCCGGAUUCCCAUCAAGCACCAGCGGCAACCCCCCCCAGCGGCCGGCCCGCGUGCGGGAGGGCUGGGGGCGGGGCAUGCUGGUGAUGCCGGGGGGAACAGGGGGGAGGAGGCGGGGCAGAGGGGUCGGCCAGGGAGCCCAGACAGCAGCCACAGCUCCUCGCCAGAGCUGUCCAAUCAAAAUCACCCUUCUGCAGACGAGGAGGCGGGACCUCACGCAGCAACGGCACCAGCAGCCAGUCACACACCUGACCGCCCUGUCCAGGCGGACCCAUUGGCCAAGCUCAACAGCAAUCAGUCCAAUAACGGCCCAGGGGGCGGGGCCCAGGAUACAAACCGACCAUUGAGAAGGCAGCCAGGGGAGCAAAGGACCGCCCACAAGAUUCUGUCAGGACUGAAGCUGCGACGCAGCGAAUCGGGGAGGGAGGAGCAGCUGCACUUUGUGUGAGGAGGAAUGAAGCAGAAGCACAACAGAACCGUGGCUGUGAGGGUUCAGCACCUACACCUAUCGCUCACACACUGUCACUCACACACUCACACACUGUCGCUCACACACUGUCACUCACACACUGUCACU